GCGUCCUCGCGGGUUUGAAUGGAAGGAUAGCGAUCUGCAGAGCCGGCGGCGAGCAGGUCCUGAAGCCAGAGCUCCGCCCCGGCGCCCGCGCCAUGCGGCCGGAGAGGUGCGGCGCCCCCCGUCCCCGCCAUGGAGGUGCUGCGGCGCUCCUCGGUCUUCGCCGCGGAGAUCAUGGACGCCUUUGACCGCUCGCCCACCGACAAGGAGCUGGUGGCCCAGGCCAAGGCGCUCGGCAGGGAGUUCGUGCACGCGCGGCUGCUGCGCGCUGGCCUGGCCUGGAGCGCGCCCGAGCGCGCCGCGCCCCCGGGCGGCCGCCUGGCCGAGGUGUGCGCGGUGCUGCUGCGCCUGGGAGACGAGCUGGAGCUCAUCCGGCCCAGUGUCUACCGCAACGUGGCGAGGCAGCUGAACCUCUCCCUGCAGUCGGAGACCGUGGUGACUGAUGCCUUCCUUGCGGUGGCCGGCCAGAUCUUCUCUGCAGGUAUCACGUGGGGCAAGGUGGUGUCCCUUUAUGCGGUGGCCGCGGGCCUGGCUGUGGACUGCGUACGGCAGGCCCAGCCCGCCAUGGUCCACGCCCUCGUGGACUGCCUGGGGGAGUUCGUGCGAAAGACCCUGGCCACCUGGCUGCGGAGGCGCGGCGGAUGGACUGACGUCCUCACGUGUGUGGUCGGCACGGACCCGGGCCUCCGCUCUCAUUGGCUGGUGGCGGCCCUCUGCAGCCUCGGCCGCUUCCUGAAGGCCGCCUUCUUAGGGCUCUUGCGGGAGAGAUGAGCCGC